UAAACAACGGACAAUUACCACUUGGUUGGAGAAUAAAGGACCCAAGACAACUGAGUCCAAAAGCUUACACAGCAAAAUUAAUAACAAUACUGAAGCAAAUCCCAAGAUGACUUCCAUUAAAAAGGAGAACUUUUGUGAGCAUGAUGUGAAAAAGCUAGAGAAUAUUUGUCAGCAAAAUUAUUCAAAAAUAUCUGUGGAAGUUGGUGCAAAGCAUGUAAAUUUGCCUCAGACAGGCAGCAUGUAUAACUGGGAGGCUGAGGACAAAGAUCCAGUCUUAGACACGGAGCCUGUGAAGGGGAUGCAGUCUGGAGACCUCUUUAAAAACGCCAACAUCGAUCAGAUGCACAAAACUGGCAAGCAGACUCAGAGGGGCUGUGAAGAAAGCAGUGACAAUUGGACUCAGAGGAAAUUAUCAUCAGGCCGGUCUUUGAAAAUGGGAAAUACAACACUUUCUUCAAAAGACACCGAGACAGAUGGACAAGUGGCUUCAUGCAAUUCACAGAAGCUGAAGAGUUGCAAUUCUGUCUGUUUAACGGGUGAACAAGAAGAAGGGGAUGUAGUUCCGGAAAGUCCACUUUCAGAUGCUGGUUGUGACGCUUAUGUAUCUGAUCUUGGAGGUCCUGGGAAACUGAGCAAAUGUCAGAGCAGUUCAGGGGAUUCACCUGCUUUUGAGAAAGAAAGUGAACCGGAGUCACCAAUGGAUGUAGAUAAUUCUAAAAACAGCUGUCACGGGUCAGAGGCUGAUGAAGAAACGAGUCCGUUUCUUGACGAGCGAGAGGAGAUUAAUAUGUCAAAAUCCAUAAACAAAUCUUUUAGACUUCAAUAUGGGGAUGCUGAACUGGAGUCACGAAAGUCACGCUUUUCUGCCAAGGGCUGUGAAAGCUUUGAGGAAAUAGAUAAUUCUGGUAAAGAGGACGGUCUGCAUACAAAGUCACCUGGGAUCUCUCCUGCUCCAUCAUCAGAAUGCAAAGGUGCAAAACAGGGUGUGAAGAGAGACUCCAAAAUCACCUCUCACUUCAUGAGGAUACCUAAGAUUGAGGAGAAAAGCAGAAAAGAAAAGUGUGAAUUCAAACCCCAGAGGCCAGGAAGGAAGAUUCCUAAAUACAUGCCACCUCCUCUUCCAACUAAUAAGAAGUGGUUUGGGACACCGAUUGAAGAGAUGAGAAGAAUGCCUAUGUGUGGGGCCCGUCUUCCUCAUCUGCGACCCUCAGCCAAUCAUACAGUAACCGUCAGAGUAGAUCUCAUGAGGGAAGGAGAGGUGCCUAAACCUUUUCCAACUCACUACAAAGAUUUGUGGGACAACAAACAUGUUAAAAUGCCCUGCUCAGAACAAAAUUUAUACCCUGUGGAGGAUGAGAAUGGAGAUAGAACUGCUGGAAGUCGAUGGGAACUAAUCCAAACUGCCUUACUUAACAAAUUUACUUGCUCGCAUGAUUUGAAGGAGGCUAUACUGAGGUACAACGUUGCUUAUUCCAAGAAAUGGGACUUCACUGCUCUUACCGACUUCUGUGAGAAGGUUCUUGAAGAUGCAGAGGCUCAACAUUUGUUCCAGUCCAUCCUUCCUGAUAUGGUCAAGCUGGCGCUCUGUCUCCCUAGUAUCUGCACCCAGCCAAUACCUCUACUGAAACAAAAGAUGAAUCACUCCAUCACAAUGUCACAGGAACAGAUUGCUAGUUUUCUAGCCAAUGCUUUCUUCUGUACUUUUCCACGUCGCAAUGCGAAGAUGAAGUCUGAGUAUUCUAGUUAUCCAGACAUUAACUUCAACAGAUUGUUUGAAGGACGGUCACCAAGGAAGCCUGAGAAACUUAAGACCCUUUUCUGCUAUUUUAGGAGAGUCACAGAAAAAAAACCUACGGGAUUGGUGACGUUUACAAGGCAGUGUCUCCAGGAGUUUCCAGACUGGGAAAGAUCUCAGAAAAAACUGUCUAGAUUGCAUGUCACCUAUGAAGGCACCAUCGAAAGCAAUGGACAAGGUAUGCUACAGGUUGAUUUUGCAAACCGCUUUGUUGGAGGUGGUGUGACUGGGGCAGGACUAGUACAAGAAGAAAUUCGGUUUUUAAUCAACCCAGAACUGAUUGUAUCGAGGCUCGUCACUGAAGUCUUGGAUCACAAUGAAUGUCUCAUCAUCACAGGUACUGAGCAGUACAGUGAGUAUACAGGCUAUGCAGAAACUUACCGGUGGGCAAGAAGCCAUGAAGAUAAGACCCCAAGGGAUGAAUGGCAGCGACGCUACACUGAAAUUGUUGCUAUAGAUGCAUUUCACUUCAGACGUUUCCUUGAUCAGUUUGGUCCGGAGAAAAUUAGGAGAGAGCUCAACAAGGCCUACUGUGGCUUCUCUCGACCCAAUGUUCCACCUCAACAUCUCUCUGCAAUAGCCACAGGAAACUGGGGAUGUGGUGCCUUUGGAGGGGACGCCCGAUUAAAAGGGAUUGCUCGCUGCAGUGCUUUCCUUCCUCUCCCCAUCGGUCAGAGCUCAGAACUGAAGCAUACUGACAAAGACCACCAGAGCCGAGUCCGUUUG